AUGUGUCGACUCAUCGUAUUUAAGGGGACCUGUCCACAUUGUUGCCAGGAAUUCACCUGGGAUGAGCUAAGCCAGGAGCUCAGCUGCCUGGAAGCCAAAAACAACGGCACGUUCGCCCUUUGCCAAGACGGUGCGUCGGUGGACGAGAAGCCGCACGACCAAGAGUGUGACGCCUGCACGGCCGAGCUGGAGGAGGAUGAGGGCUACGAUGACGGCGUGGACGAGGAGACCAUCGAGGUGGACACCUGGUACGGGAGCAAGAAGGAAGCUGUUGAUGACGACCAAGAGAGCGACAAGCAUCGGAACAAGAAGCAGAGGGUGACAUGA